UAAUAUCUCUUCCACGUUUCUUCCUAGGGUGUAACUUCUACUGAAGUAAAGAUUUAAAGGAGGCCUGAUGACAACGAAAGCAAACUUUCCUGUGACAGCAGGAUCUAUAGUUGUCCCUUAUGGGCACGUGAUUGGAAAUGAGAAGUGGAGAGGGUCAGAGAUAGCCCAAAGGCUACAAGGGAAAAUUAGACUCAUCUUCGAAGAUGACUUGGGACUUGUGGAUUUUCAUCUUUCAAACAGAACUUGCAUUUUAUAUAUUUCUGAAGCAGAUUUGGUUGCAGGGGAUGAAUUCAAACGAAAAUUGGUUCGGUUUAGAAAUACCAGCAGUCUUGGGGGAAUUGUAAUUGUGGAGAGAACCCAAAUAAGUGAUCAGUACUUCUUAGCAGUGCAAAAGCUUGUUGUGCUAGAACUUGGAAUGGUGUUGCUUCCUGUGGCAAAUCAAGGAGAAGCUUCUCAACUUAUUACUCAGCUAGUCCGUGAACAAAGUAAGGAUCACAACAAUAACCCCUUUCUUCGUAAACAGUGUUCUCAGCUGGCAGAGCCAUCAGUGUUUCGCACAGUGCAACAAAUUCCAGGAGUUGGGAAAACAAAAGCUCUGCUUUUACUGCAACAGUUUGGAAGCAUCCACCAGCUUUGUAAUGCAUCUGUCAAAGAGCUUGAGCUAGUAGUUGGACAAACGGUAGCACAACAAAUUUACAGUUUUUUGUGUUCCUGA